AUGAUCAAUCAGUAUCUGGAGAUAUUACCUGCAGGAAAGACCACACCUGAUUUUACCCGCAAGCCAAUGGCUGUGACUGCUCCAGAGGGUAAAAAAGGGUUGUUCAAAGCCAUUGUUAGUGGUGAGCCGGCACCCACUGUAACAUGGGCGCGGAAUAACGGCGAGCUUAAUGAGCCAGAAAAGUACACGACCAGAUAUGAUCAAAGAUCUCACGAGCACAUUCUGGAGAUCAUCAAUAUCAAACCGGAUCAAGCUGGCGCGUACAAAUGCCUCGCCACCAAUGAGUAUGGACAGGCUGUCUGCACUGCAAAUCUCAAUGUUAUUGAAGUUGGUGUUAAGAAGAAAGCACCGGCGGCAAAUGGAGAUGCACCAUUAGAUUUCAGAAAGAUGCUUAAGAAAACUGUUGUUGUCACCAGAAAAAAAAAACUCCCACCAAAAAAGGAUGGAGAAAUUGAUCCAAAGCUCCUUGAACUGCUUAUCUGUGCACCAAAGAAGGACUAUGAAAAGAUCUGUGCAGACUUUGGUGUGUUUGACUUUCGCUGGUUGCUGAAGAGACUCAACCAGCUGAAAAAGGAACGGUUAGAUGAGCAGGCUAAGGUUGUAGAGCAACUGGACAAUGUGAAACAAAUAGAAGUAAAACCCAAUGGGACAGCUGAAUUUAGCCUCGACAUGAAACUUCAGGAUCCCAACAGUUCAAUUAACUUAUACAAGGAUGGGACACUGCUUCCAUAUGGUGAUGAUGACAAUUCAAAGCAUAGCCUUAAGCAAACUGGGACAAAUUAUGUUUUCAGCAUCAAAAAUCCUCAACCAGAAGAUGCUGGAUUUUACCAGCUUGAUGUUGAAGAUGCAAAUGUCUUAGCAACUGAAUUUAAAGUGCCUCCAGUGGGUUUCAUAGCCAAGAUCAAGGAUGUGAAGACGUUUGAAAGUGAAGAAGCCGUCUUUCAGUGUGUCUUGUCAACACCCCUCAACAGGAUUACCUGGUCAAAUAAGGACUUGACACUUGAACAUGGGGACAAAUAUGAGAUCACUGUCUCAGAGGACAAGCUAAUCCACACAUUGAAAGUUAAAGACUGUAAAUUGGCAGAUACUGGAGCAUAUUAUGCCAUUGCUGGAAUAGCUUCUAGCAGUGCCUCUCUUACAGUAGAAGAUACUGGCGUUCAGUUUGUCAGUGGGCUGUCAAAUACGCUUGCUAAUGUUGGUGACCGGGCAGAGCUUUCUUGCAAACUAAGCAGUGAGACCGCUGUGGGACGUUGGUAUAAAAAUGGGAAGCUGCUAACCGAGGAGGAUGGGGUUACAAUUAUCAAAGAUGGAGCCUGUCAUAGGUUGAUAAUUGAUUGCUGUAAAAAAGAUGAUGGAGCUGUGUACCGCUUUGAAGCUGAAGGCCGUAAAUCUGAGGCAACACUCAAUAUUCAAGAUCCACCAAAAAUCGAUGCCGAUGCACUAAGAAAAUUCUCAGAGCCAGUCAUUAUAAGGGCAGGUGAAAAUGCAGAAUGGAAACUGCCAUUCUCAGGUGGGGCGCCAAUGACCAUACAGUGGUACAAGGAUGGUGACGAGCUGUUCCCCGCUCUCAAUGUGAAAAUUGAAACAUCAGAUACUGAGAGCAAACUACGCCUUCUUAAGUGUCAAAGGAAAGACUGUGGAGAGGUCAAAAUCAAAAUCAAAAAUGAAUACGGUAUAAUUGAGGCAAUAUCCAAACUUAUUGUGCUGGGUUACCCUGGACCCCCAGCAGCACCUAAAGUAGUCAGUGCCUUUAAAGACUGCAUCAAUCUGACAUGGUGUCCUCCAUGUGACACUGGAGGAACCAAAAUAGUGGGAUACAAUUUGGAAAAAAACAAGAAAGGCACCAAUUACUGGAGCCUUGUAAACCAAGGAGGGCCGAUUCCAGAUACAAAAUAUGCAGUGAAAGAUGUAUUUGAAGGGGCGGCAUAUGUAUUUAGGGUGUCUGCUAUCAACCUAUCUGGUGCUGGAGACCCAAGUCUUCCAUCUGGCACAGUAAUUGCAAGAGAUCCAAAGAAACCACCAGGCAAAGUGACAGACCUGAAGUUAACAUCCUCCAAUUACACCACAUUUUCUCUGGCUUGGAUAAAACCCAAAGAAAUAAAAGGAGUAGAGGAUGAGGCCGAAGGCUACUAUGUGGAGAUCAGACCAAUUGAAAUCCUUGAAUGGAUUCGGUGUAAUGCUACCCCAAUUACUAUAACUUCCUACACUGUGCUUGGCCUGAAGGCAAUGGCCACAUACUGGGUGAGAGUUAUUGCCACCAAUUAUGGAGGUGAUGGAGAACCUCAGGGCUUUGACAAUUACAUCAUUGCCAUGCCUCCUCCUG